UUCAACAACUGCCAUUGCAAGAUUGUGUGACUGAAAUUUCAAACUUUGUAAACAAACAGAACUGGAAUACAAUUAAACCAACAGUAACAUAACCUCUGUGAAUUUAUAAUUUAUUAUAUCUAAUAAGGAGGUCGUUCUAUAAGCUUAGAAGCGUACCGGGAUAUAAACGAACAAAAACCCGUUAGUUAUCAUUAGACCAAAAUGCCUACAUGGAACCAAAUUCAAUCACAACUACGAAAUCCAAAUAAUCCUGUAGUUUUCUUCGAUGUCACAGUCGGGACAACUGAAAUUGGUAGAAUGAUUUUCGAGUUAUUUGCCGAUGUUGUACCAAAAACUAGUGAAAACUUCAGAGAGUUUUGUACAGGCGAAUAUAGAAGGGAUGGAGUUCCAUUGGGAUAUAAGGGAGCUACUUUUCAUAGAGUAAUCAAAGAUUUCAUGAUACAGGGUGGUGACUUCGUAAAUGGUGAUGGCACAGGUGUAAUGAGUAUUUAUGGAGGAAGUACAUUUGCAGAUGAAAAUUUCGCAUUAAAACAUGACUCACCAGGCCUACUUUCAAUGGCUAACAGUGGUAAAGAUACAAAUGGUUGUCAAUUUUUUAUAACUUGCGCAAAGUGCAACUUUUUAGAUAAUAAACAUGUUGUGUUCGGAAGAGUAAUUGAUGGAUUAUUAGUUAUGAGGAAAAUAGAAAAUGUACCAACAGGACCCAACAAUAAACCCAAAAUACCUGUAACAAUAUCACAGUGUGGUCAAAUGUAA